ACACGUGUUGUGAAAAAGUUCAUUAAAAUAUUUGAUUACUUUACAUUUAGUUUUUAUAAUCGAAAGUCGUACAUGUGCAUUAUAUAUUUAGUUUUUGUUAUUAGUCAGGAAUUGCUUAUGUGACACAUGGCAGCUUUGGAGGAGGACAUGAGGGAUCUUCACCUGAGUAUCGACUCUCGGUUCAAUGAAUCUUCACAACAUCCAUCUGCAUUUGAUUCAUCUGACAUGCUGAAUCUGAGCAGACAGAGGUUAAACCACAUACCUGAUUAUGUUCUCAAGUGCGCUACAGUAAAGAAUUUGUAUCUCGAAGGCAAUGAAGUAUCAAGUCUUCCGAAACAUUUGUUUAUUAAUCUGCCACAUUUGGUUUGGCUGGAUGUGAGAAAUAACCAGCUCGACUGUCUCCCUGCUGAAAUUGGUCAGCACAGAUGCUUAAAGACGUUGCUGCUGGAGGGGAACCCUAUUACAGUUCUACCACUAGAGUUAGGUAACCUAAUCACACUGCGAGCUCUGAGCCUAAGGAACUGUCCUAUCACAUUUCCACCACAGGAUGUCCUGCAGCUGGGUCUCCCACAUAUCCUACAGUUCCUGCGUCGUACAGCCAUGGCUCAACGACCUGUCAGCGCGCAUGGCAUACAAAACGCAGCACCAGACAUGCCCGCGGUGGAGAAGCUACCGCUGUCCGAGAUGCUUCAGUCCAGCCUGGAUCUGUCAGAGGUGGAUGACACAGAGGUCCAGCGCUUCAGAGAGCUCAGACAGAGAAUGAUCCAGAUGGAGAGGGCAGACUUGGAGGCCAAUAGUCCUGUCAUUCUGGAGUCACGCCACUUCAGAGCAGCAGAGGGCGCCAGAUCUCCAAUAACUCAUUACUCAUCCGUCACCAAGAGGACUCAGGAAUUGAUGACGGGAAGGUUGCCAGAGCUCGGUCCAUUUGAUGUGCAAUGCCGGAGGAGAUCAAACGAAAGACAAUUACCUGCCAUGAGAACGUUACAGGAAAAACAAACCCUCCUUGAACAAAGAAGAAAAGAUGCGGAGGUUUUGCAGCAAUGGAGAAACCAGGCCAAGAUCAUGCAGGAGAGGAAACUACUGGAGUACAAGCAGAACAGAGGAAAGAGGCAACAGAAAGAUGAGGAUCUGAGGAAUGGAGCCGACACCACAGGCAAUGCACACGGCAUCGACGGGUCAAACACUGAAGACCAGCACACUCCACAGAGGUCAGGCAGAGACACAGAGGAGGCCAGGGUGGCAAGAGACCGAGAGCUGGAGCAGCGAAUCAGGACUCGUGUUCAGAUGAUGCAGGAGCGGCGCAGAAAACCUCGAGGUUCACCCAGAGAGGAGGCAAAGGCAGCGGCUCAGGAGAUAGAGGAGGUAAAACGGCUGCAGAUGGAGCUUGCAGAAAGAAAAUAUGAAAGAGAUUUGGAGUAUCGUUUCACUGCCUUCACCGGGGGAUCUGAUUCUGAUAAUAAUUAAACAUGCAGUCACAUUUUAUGAUAAAUAACUU